UGUUUCUAUAGAAAAAUGGAAAUCACUGCUCCUGCAACAUCCAAGUGUAUCAUAUACUGGAAAAGAAAAGUCAAGUCAGAAUAUAUGCGUCUUCGUCAGCUCAAGAGGUUUCAGGCAAAUAUGGGAGCUAAGGCUCUUUUUGUGGCCAAUUUUGCAAAGGUUCAUGAAAAAACUCAAAUUCUGAAUGAAGACUGGAAGAAGCUUCGCGUUCAACCAGUGCAGUUAAUGAAGCCGGUCAGCGGACACCCUUUCCUAAAGCAGUGCACUGUUGAGAGCAUUUUUCCAGGAUUUCCAAGUCAGACACUGUACAUGAGAACCCUGAACACAGUGGCAUUGGUGCCUAUUAUGUACUCGUGGUCCCCUCUUCAGCAGAAUUUCAUGGUGGAGGAUGAAACUGUUCUGUGCAAUAUUCCUUACAUGGGAGAUGAGGUGAAGGAAGAAGAUGAAACCUUCAUUGAAGAACUUAUUAAUAACUAUGAUGGGAAAGUUCAUGGAGAGGAAGAAAUGAUUUCAGGAUCGGUGCUCAUCAGCGACGCUGUAUUCCUGGAGUUAGUGAACGCCUUGAAUCAAUACUCGGAUGAGGAAGAGGAAGGACACAACGAUUCUGACGUUAAACAGGAGGACGGGAAGGAGGAGCUGCCAGUCACGAGGAAAAGAAAACGAAUUGCAGUGGAAGGUAACAAGAAGUGUUCCAAGAAGCGGUUUCCAAAUGACAUGAUCUUCACUGCUAUUUCUUCUAUGUUUCCUGAAUAUGGCUUCCCAGAUGAUAUGAAAGAGAGGUACCGAGAGCUCACAGAAGUCUCUGACCCCAAUGUGCUGCCCCCGCAGUGCACUCCCAACAUAGAUGGUCCCUGUGCAAAGUCCGUGCAGCGGGAGCAAUCCCUGCACUCCUUCCACACUCUCUUCUGCAGGCGCUGCUUCAAAUACGACUGUUUUCUGCAUCCUUUUCAUGCUACUCCUAAUGUGUACAAGCGAAAGAACAGAGAGACCAAGAUUGAGCCAGACCCUUGUGGGGCAGACUGCUUCCUCUGGCUGGAAGGAGCCAAGGAGUUCGCCGCGCUGCACAACCCCAGGUCCAAGUGCUCGGGCAGGCGCCGCCGGAGGCACCACGUGGUCAGCGCCUCCUGCUCCAACACGCCGGCUUCCACGGUCGCCGAGACGAGGGAGGGAGACAGCGACAGAGACACGGGCAAUGAGUGGGCCUCCAGUUCCUCGGAGGCCAACUCCCGCUGCCAGACCCCCACCAAGCAGAAGCUGAGCCCUGCCUCGUCCCAGCUGUUCGCGGUAGAAACCCCGCAGGAGCCCGUUGAGUGUACGGGCGCGGAGGAGUCUCUCUUCCGUGUCUUCCACGGGACCUACUUCAACAACUUCUGCUCCAUCGCCAGGCUGCUGGGAACCAAGACGUGCAAACAGGUCUUUCAGUUUGCAGUGAAAGAAUCGCUUAUAACAAAACUGCCAACAAACGAAUUAAUGAAUCCAUCCCAGAAGAAGAAAAGGAAGCACAGGCUGUGGGCUGCGCACUGCAGGAAGAUUCAGCUGAAGAAAGAUAAUUCACCUACCCAGGUGUACAACUACCAGCCAUGCGACCACCCUGAACACCCCUGUGACAGCUCCUGCCCUUGCAUUAUGACCCAGAAUUUCUGUGAGAAGUUCUGCCAGUGCAACCCUGACUGUAAGGAAAAGCCUGGGACUAUCACACAUGAUAACAGCCAGCUCUCCUGACAAAGACCAGAGGGAGGGUGUAGACCUGGGACUUGCCAACAGCUUAUUUUAUUUUUGCAUUCACAGGGAGUGCUCUGCACUCCAUCUGCAGCAAAAAAAAACUGCAAGGUGGUCUCCUGCAAGAACUGCAGCAUCCAGCGGGGCCUCAAAAAGCAUUUGCUGCUGGCACCGUCUGAUGUCGCUGGCUGGGGGACGUUCAUCAAGGAAUCUGUGCAGAAAAAUGAAUUUAUCUCUGAGUACUGUGGUGAGCUUAUUUCACAGGAUGAGGCUGACCGGCGAGGCAAGGUCUAUGACAAGUACAUGUCGAGCUUCCUCUUCAACCUCAACAACGAUUUUGUUGUUGAUGCCACACGCAAAGGAAAUAAAAUCCGCUUUGCCAACCACUCGGUGAACCCCAAUUGCUAUGCCAAAGUUGUGAUGGUGAACGGAGACCAUCGGAUAGGAAUCUUUGCCAAGAGGGCCAUCCAGGCGGGAGAGGAGCUCUUCUUUGACUACAGGUACAGCCAGGCAGAUGCCCUGAAGUAUGUUGGCAUAGAGAGGGAGACGGAUAUCAUCUAGGCCCGGUGCUGGGUGGUCCGGGCACCCUUGCUGCUGCACCUUGUAAGCAAUGCCAUGUUUGCUUCACGCUUACAUGACUGCUGCCAGUGUUCCCAUUGCUGUGUGUCACAAGUGCUACAUUCCAUCCCAACACGGGACAGGGACGCUCGGGGAUGGAGCGUGAGGUGGCUGCA